AUGUUAAAAGAGGGCCAAGUGUCAAAAGACUCCAAGCCAGGCACCGGAGUCGAGGCGAUCCUGGUAGGCCUCUCGGGCCCUUCGUCGAGCGGAAAAACGACGCUGGCGAGACUGUUGCGCGAGGUCUUCAAUCUCGACGCCGAAAGGUGGAAAGUCAGUCUAUUCAUCCUGCACCAGGAUGACUUUUAUAAAACGGACCAAGAGAUUCCGACGGUCACAGUAUCGUCAAAGGAAUUCGGCACCCGCGAACUCCAGGACUGGGACUGUAUCGACUCGUUGGACCUUUCCUUGUUCGAACACACGCUCACCCACCUCCGGAACCACGGAAAUUUACCACCAGAAAGCGUGUCCAAGGAGGAUCAGAACACCGUCGGACACAGCGGGGUCUCUCGUGCCGAGGUCGAGGAGCACAAAGAGAGGGUAAGGACGCGGAUGGAGGAGCUUGUUCGGAGACGCGAUAGCCAGAAGACAGGUGGCAGAGAGGAGAGAGAACGCGGUGGAGGAGGCAAAGAAAUCCGUAUCUACAUCGUCGAAGGAUUCCUCCUCUACCCGCAACGGGCAUCAUCCUCGACUUCUUCAACUUUGUCCCGGCCCUUGUCGUCCGACCAUCCUCACUCGGCAUCAGGAUUGAACCACCUCCACUAUCUAACCCAUACACUCCUGCAUCCGCUCCUCUUCCUCCCCGCGACGCGCCCCCAGACCCUCUCCCGCCGCGCCGCCCGCACGGGCUACGUCACGCUGGAAGGAUUCUGGGUCGAUCCGCCGGGGUAUGUCGAGGACAUCGUCUGGCCCAACUACAUCCGGUACCACGGGUGGAUGUACAAGGAUGGGAACGUGGACGGGGACGCCUUUGACGAGGAGAGCUGUGAGCGGGAAGGCGUCAGGGUCUGUCCGGGCGCCGGGGAAUGGAAAAUGAAGGAGGUGUUGGACUGGGGCGUCCAGAGGGUGGAAGAGGUUGUGCAGGAGCGGAUACGAGGAUUAAGCAACGACGGCUGA